AUGGAGGAAAAAUUUAGAGGAAGUACUCAACAGGGACACUCCAGAGUUACCACCAAAAAAUGUACAGGAGGAGGGAGAAGAGAGAUAACUGCAGAAAUGUUCAAGGCAGAUCUUGAUAAGAGCUGCCAGGAAUUGAAGCACACCUUUGACCACAUAUGGAAGGAGGAAAGGGUGCCCAAGAGAGGUUUCUGUAAUAAUAAACCAUCGGGUGUUCGUGUAUCCCAAACUGAACCGAAAAAGAUCAAAAUAUCCUGGGAUAUAUCUGAUAUCAGUUGUGGGAUACUUCAGUAUGCUGUCCAUUAUGAAAUUAAGGAACCUCUCACGGUAUUUCUCGGGGUUAAUGUGACCGACCUCCAACAGAACAGCGUGACUGUCAGCGUCACGCCGUCAUUUACCUACAAUGUCUACGUCAACGGUCUGACAGCUAGUGCGGAACCGCCCACACCGGGGUCCGUGUUAUACACCGUCCCCAGCAUACCCCCAGACGACUUUCCUCGAAUCCACGUGACCAGUAAGACUUUGACGUCACUAACAGUCGAAUGGAGUAAACUAAGUAUCUACCACAGAUGCGGCAACGUCACCGGUUAUGAUAUUCUCUACCAACGUCCCGACCAGUCAGUAGUUCAGAAAUCAGUGACGGGCGAGGACACCACCACGUACACCAUAACUGGUCUCAGCCCUGGAACCUCGUACAAUAUUGUCAUACGCGCAAAAAAUGAGGCUGGCGUAGGAAAGUGGAGCCAACCAUUUGUCACAGAUUCUACUCGCUCCAGAAUCCCGCCAUGACGUGAAAUUCUGUUUCUCUUUCCAGCCCCUAGUGAAAUGAGUGUCCCGUUUCUGCUAGCAGUGGUAGGGGGUUGUAUUCUACUACUGGCCAUUCUUAUCCCCGUCGCUUUCUUCAUCUGCCGCCAUUGUUGUAAAGCUCCUGUUGGGGUCACCGAAGACAAACAAGAGAACAAACCUUAUAAGAGACAACCAGUGAGACAUCCGCGAGAGAAUCCGCCAAUGGUUAACCUCGAUGUCGCUCAUCUCGUGGCCGUAGUAAACAUUAAUCCUAAACCUCCGCCAAUGAAAAAAGUUCCAAAACCAAACGUUCAGUACUCCGAGUUUUCUUACGACAGUGGAUAUAGGGGACUUCAGCCGCAUCACACAGGGCAGGAUUAUCCCAAUUUACUCCGAAAAGUGCAUAGAGAAUCUCCAGUAGAAAAACCCGAGAAAGGGGAUUCUCUCCCAAUAGAAAAUCCUGGUGCAGGAGAUGUUCAUUACAACAAUGUGAAAAGUAAACACGUUUCUCACACAAACAAUGUCUACAUUCAUAACUUCAUGAAAACUGGGAGACUAUUUACUCCAGACACCCCAGUAACACCAUCUAUUAUUUACCGGAAACCUCGGGAAUAUUACGAUACACUUCCAGUUCCCAUGGACCAAGAGUCCGUGGAAAACAUUCCGCUCUCACAGUAUAGUCCGCUACAAAAACCUACAAGGUUUAAAGCAAGAGUCAGCUUAAAUGAGCAACCUCCUCCUAAUUAUACACCAUGA